AUGCUCGGUCCACAGGCCGCCGGCGCGAACAAGUGGGGGACGACCGCCUGUGGCUCGCGCGCAGACAUGGACAGCGUGCCGCUCUUUGAGCGCGAGCACCGCAACGACAGUCAGUUGGUGCAGCGCCUCCAGAACGAGCUGACCGAUGCCAAGCGCUUUGUCGAGGCGCAGGCGCGACGCCAGAACGACCUCGAGUACGUGAACGAGGACUUGGAGCGGCGGCUCGAGCAGGAGGCGCUGGACCGCAUAACGCUGGACGCGCAGAAAGCCGACGACGAAAAACGAUGGCAGCACGAGAAAGCAGCGCUGCAGGAGCAAUUGCAGUCGUGGGCACUGCGGUUCGAAGAGGAGACGCGACGUCGCGCGAUGGCCGAAGAGCGGCUGCGGCGCGCGGAGAAGGAGCUCUAUCGGAUGCACCAGAAGAAGUACGAUAUUGAGAAACAGGUGCGGCGCGAGGAGAGCGAGAAGCGGAAGCACGAGGCUGUGAUCGUGCGCAGUCUCCAGUCCGACUCGCAACGGGCGCAGCAGAGCGCCGCGAACGGCUUCAUCGACCCGACUGUGAACCCCAAAGACGCCAAGCCCGCGACUGUUCGCACGCGACAAGCGCUAUCGUCUGCAAUGGACUUUCUGGGCGUCUGA